GAUCGCAUUAUUCGUCUAUCGAACCGCGGCAUCACGUACAGGUUCAUACACUCUUCUGAUUGGGCUUUUUUAUUUUUUAUAAACGAAACAUCUUGACCUUAAAGCGCAGUAUUAUUUUCAUUUAACUGUUAUCCAUGAGAUUCUUCAGGCUUACCUUCAAGUGCUUCGUCGACUGCUUUUGAAUCUCCUUUGUCAACGGCUGAAGGGACUGCGGCGCCUCGUUAACAUUUUUCCAUCUCUUGGCUGAGCUGAGGGGAUCCAACGUGCGAUAAUCCUAAAAACUGAGAUUUCAUUUAUUUCAAGAGGGCGAAAUAACAAACUCAGAAAAACAAAGAGUCAACCGGAGCACUGCGUAUUGUGGCGACAUCUCUGCCUCUCUGAGCCCGCCGGGUGCCUCUAUAGCCAGGCACAAAAAAAAAAAAAAAAAAAAAAGCAGCACCUUGGUUAAACCAACAGCCAGCCGCAUUGCUUUUAGAAAAAAUAGAAUAUAUAUUUUUUUGUGCCGCUACCCUACAAUAUGUCACCUGAGUUGGAAGAGACCAGCCAAGGUGAAAUCAGUCUCCCCCAGUUAGAGGCCGGGACCUUGUCAGAGGAGGACGGCGGGUCUGCUCGCCCGCUGGUACCUGUGCCUGGAGCAGGGCCAGGGUGUGGUGCAGGCGGAGGGGUUGGCCCGCCGCAGACCCAGGACGGGGCUGCGGCGGUAGCUGUAGCAGUUCCAGUAGUGGAGAGAGAAACCUGGACCAGACAGAUGGACUUUAUCAUGUCCUGUGUGGGGUUUGCAGUCGGCUUGGGCAACGUGUGGAGGUUCCCUUACCUUUGCUACAAGAAUGGAGGAGGGGUUUUUCUCAUCCCCUACCUGCUGAUUGUCUUCAUCGGAGGCAUCCCAGUCUUCUUCCUGGAGAUUUCACUGGGGCAGUUUAUGAAGCAGGGAGGGGUCUCUGCCUGGAACAUCGCACCUCUCUUCAAAGGUCUGGGCUUGGCCUCAAUGGUGAUAGUAUUCUUCUGUAACACCUAUUACAUCAUGAUCCUGGUGUGGGGUCUCUACUUUCUUUUCCACUCCUUCACCAACCCGCUGCCCUGGGCCACCUGCGGACACCCCUGGAACACCCCAAACUGUACACAGGACUUCCGCCGCGCCUGCCACAACCGCAGCGCUGCCCAGUCCGCUCUGCCGUCACCUGAUGCCACCCCCUCCAAACUCCUUGCCUCAACCACGAACCCGUUGAACCUUUCUUCAGCUCAGCUCCUUCUCAACGGCAGCUGCAUGGAGACUGAGGGCAUGCGCUCCCCGGUCAUCGAGUUCUGGGAACGUAAAGUACUCCGUCUUUCUGGCGGGCUGCACGAGCCUGGUGCCAUCAGCUAUGAGAUGGUGCUCUGUCUCAUGGUCACUUGGGUCAUUGUUUACUUCUGCAUGUGGAAAGGAGUUAAAUCUACUGGCAAGGUUGUGUACUUCACAGCUCUUUUCCCCUACCUGGUUCUGGUCGUUCUUUUGGCCCAUGGAGUCACUCUACCUGGAGCUAUAGAUGGGAUUGUUUACUACCUGAAACCAGACUGGUCCAAACUUGGAGAAGCGCAGGUGUGGAUUGAUGCCGGCACUCAGAUUUUCUUCUCUUAUGCCAUCGGACUGGGUGCCCUGACUGCGCUGGGCAGCUACAACCGCUUCCAUAACAACUGUUACCAAGAUGCUUUCCUACUGGCUCUCAUAAACAGUGGAACCAGUUUCUUCGCAGGCUUUGUGGUGUUCUCUGUGCUUGGCUUCAUGGCUGCAGAGCAAGGCGUGGACAUCAGUAAGGUAGCUGAAAGUGGACCUGGCCUGGCCUUCAUUGCCUACCCUAAGGCAGUGACUCUGAUGCCUCUGGCGCCACUCUGGGCAGCACUUUUCUUCUUUAUGUUGCUUGUACUGGGACUGGACAGCCAGUUUGUAGGGGUCGAGGGUUUGAUAACAGGAAUAAUGGACAUGCUACCCCCUAAAUCUGCCCUGGGCUCCCUACGACGAGAAGUGGUAGCAGCCAUCUGCUGCUUCAUCUGCUUCCUCAUCGACAUGUCUAUGGUCACUGAGGGAGGGAUGUAUGUCUUCCAACUGUUUGACUACUACUCCGCUAGCGGCAUCACCCUGCUGUGGCAGGCCUUCUGGGAGUGUGUGGUGAUUGCAUGGGUCUAUGGUGCGGACCGUUUCAUGGAUGACGUGGCCCGUAUGAUCGGCUAUCAGCCUCUGCCCUACAUGAAGUGGUGCUGGUCCUACAUCACACCUACUGUCUGUGUGGCAGUGUUUCUAUUCCACGUGGUGAACUACAAGCCCCUCACCUACAACACAGUGUACACCUACCCCUUGUGGGGGGAAGCGCUUGGUUGGCUAUUGGCCUUGUCUUCAAUGCUCUGUAUCCCUGUCACGGUUCUCUUCAAACUACUGCGCUGCAAAGGAUCUUUGCGGGAGCGGUGGCAGCACCUUACCACCCCAGUUUGGGGAAGACAUCACCUGGAGUACCUGGCCCCCGAGAGUGAGGCCAAACUGCUGCCCCCUGCAGGCACCAAGAGUACGCUUCUCUUUGAAAGUGUCAUUUGAUGAGCUGAGCCCUACAGAACACAGAGCAAAGGUUUCCCAUGACAUCACCACGCAAGACACUCACACAAUAGCCACAAAAAAUAAAAACAUGCAAACACCACACAGGCUUGGUAAGAGCAAAGCCCAGAUUUGUUAAACAACUAGCAGGUUUAAAGCCCAGGACAAAUGGACCAAAGAUUAGACGGGAGAAAAUCUGAAAUACACACCCUCAUCCUUAUAAUGUCAUCAUCCAACGCUGACAAACCCUCUGCUCUGCUUUCUGACUCUACCUCGCUGACUCUCUACUCUCUCUCUCUCUCUCCCCCCGUCUUUGUUUUGUCCCGUCUCGUCCCGUGGUCGUUGUGUAUCCUGUGUAGUUUUGUGAUAUCUUCCCUUUCUGUGCCUGUCUGUCAAGGUUUCAAAAGCCUCAUAUGUCCCAACAUGUCAUGUCCAGCUGAGCUAAACGAGCAGAAACUUAAAAGAUUCUAAUGAAACUUUCUUAAUGGAAGAUCUCGUAUCUGCUGCGGAUUCACCAUGGCCUGAAUGUGUGUCUAAGUGUGCACAUGUUUGUGUAUCUGUUCUUGUGUGUGUGUGGAAGGAGUGUGUGUGGAACCAUGGCAGCGGUGUCUUCAUUUAUAUGUGAAAUAGCCUUUUCCAGCCAUUGUUUUCUGCCAACAGUAUUCUCUCAAUCAACUGUAAAAAAUAACUUCCAUUUGUAAAAAAAAAUAUAUAUAUAUAAAAAAAAGAAUCAAACCAAGACAAUGCAUCACCACUUCCAGCUGUGUGUUAAAAACUAUCUUAAGUAUCCAGUGUAUUGUAGGGUCUGUGAAUCAGUGUAAACUGUAUUUGGAGGGGAUGAUGACCAGUAUUUCCACUUAAGAGAGGGAGAAACUUGAGACGGAAAUGUGAAAAGAGCAGGAGACUAGGACAAGGGGAGGGGAAAGAGACUUGAUGCCAUGUCAGAAAGGAAGCAAUAAAUGACCUGAUAAAGAUGGA